AGAUUCAAUCGCAGCCGCCAGUACUCCUCGUGCGGGAGGACUCAUACGCGCAAACACACAUUCGACACAGUGCGGACCGUGACUCGAGAGGUAUAUAAAAUCAUCAAAAGCCGAGUCUCCGUGCAGGUGCACCUAUACGGUCACACGGUGGUGGUGGUGGUGUUCUCGCCGCGGCGCGUCGCCCGCCCGCAUGCCAUCGGAUUACAAAAAGAAGGGGGCCAAGUCGCGCUUCGAGUGCUUGCAAAUCGAACAGAAAGUUAGAUUUGUUGUUUUCGAGUGUGUGUUCUGUGUGUGUGUGUGUGUGUGCGUGCGUGCGUUGCGUGGUGCAGCAGCUUGCAGUGGCACAGCAGUCCGCGCAGGCGGUGCAGCAGUGGACUGAGCUCGUUCGUGCCGAACGUAAUCGCGAGGCUGCAGUCUGUCGAGUAGCAGCAGCAGCAGCAGCAGCACAGAAGCGGCUCUGCUCUCCCUCUCUCUCUCUCUCUCUCUCCUCUCUCAGUGCAAAAGUGCCGGCUACUUAUGCUAUAAUACGAUCGGGCGCGUGCAGUGCACACACCUAGUAGUAGGCCUCGAGUCGUGCAGCUCGUACGCCUUAUACACACACACACACCUAUCUCGGCUAAUCUGUCAACGGAAGACAAUCGUCGCGCGUCUCUCCACCGCUGCAGCAGCAGCAGCAGCAGAGCGGGUUGUUAGUCGCAAGCCCGAUAACGAAGACUCAGGCAGCAGCAGCAGCAGCCCGUAUAGGCACGUAUAAUAUCGUGUGUGCUGUUCUGCGAGGGGAGCCGCCGCCCACACACCUCCUCUAUCCGGCCAUCAGCUGCAGCCCAAAGAGAACGCCGAGUUUUAUACGCGUUACAUUGGCUUUUGUGCGCGUGCAAAGGUCGGAUCGGUCCACCUACUGUAUAACUACAGCAGCGCAUCGUCGUGAGCUGCCGCGCGGAGUGUGCAGUGCGCGAGUGCGUGCGGCCGUGGUGCUGCUACUACUAUACUGGAAUACGUAAUAACGCAGUCCAUUGACAGGCAGAAGAAACCCCCGAGAGAAAGGGAGGGAAAGCCUCUCCGACCGACGGAGCUUUUCAUACGCAACAACGAUAAAGAGUCCGGAAUCCUGUCGCCAUGGGCAAAACAUUUUGCCAGGCCUGCAGCAAGAAGUGCACCGGCGAGGUGCUGCGCGUACUAGACAAGUACUUCCACGUAAACUGCUUCAAGUGCGCCGUGUGCAACAACAGCCUGGCGCAAGGUGGCUUCUUCGCUCGAGACGACAAGUACUACUGCACCAAGGACUACCGAGAGAGAUGGGGAACCAAGUGCGCGGGCUGCGGCGAGUACGUCGAGGGCGACGUGGUGACCGCCGGCGAGAAGCACGCCUUCCACCCAAAUUGUUUUCACUGCCAAAGAUGCAGACAGCCGCUGCUCGGUCAAGGAACUAAAGUCACGCUGGUUCAAGGUCAAGCCCUGUGCCAGCGCUGCGUCAGCAUACCCGUGAGGGAGUCGUCGACGCCGUUGGGCAGCUCGGCGGGCAAGGGAACCGCCUCGACUACCGGCGCCACGAGCAACGGCACCAGCAACAGCCAAGCCGGCCAAGACGGCCAGGGCACCUGCGCCGGAUGCAGUCAACAGUUGCGCGAGGGUCAGGCCCUCGUGGCGCUCGAGCGCCAGUGGCACGUGUGGUGCUUCAAGUGCCACACCUGCGACGCCGUACUCCACGGCGAGUACAUGGGCAAAGACGGUGUGCCUUAUUGCGAGAAAGAUUAUCAGAAGCAGUUCGGCGUCAAGUGCGCCUACUGCCAGCGCUACAUUAGCGGCAAAGUCCUGCAGGCGGGCGAGAAUCAUCACUUUCAUCCGACUUGCGCGCGAUGCACCAAGUGCGGCGAUCCGUUCGGCGACGGCGAGGAGAUGUUCCUGCAGGGCGCGGCCAUCUGGCAUCCGAGAUGCGGACCCGGCCCGACCCAGCCCAACGGCAUAGUCAACGGCCACUCGGAGGCCCACCACACGCCCCAGCAUCACCACCACCACAACAACAACGGCAGCAGCAGCGCCAGUCGCAUGAACAACGCGGCCAACAACGUCGGCGGAGCCGAAUCCGAGCGCAUCUCCAGCAGUGCCUCCGAGAUGCAGUUUUCAUUGAGGUCUCGCACACCAAGUCUUAAUGGAUCUUUAUGCAGUCCGUACAGCAGUCUCAGUCGCAAGUACUAUCCAGCGAGAACCGGAAGUCCAGGUUUAAUUCUUAGGGAGUACGGCCGAGGUGGUGAAAAUGUCUCUAGAAUUUAUACUUAUUCGUAUUUGACCGAAACACCGAGCCAAGGAUACUUAAGGCGUCCGAUUCAGCCUUACGAUAAGCCUCCGACCAGUCCACACUUUCAUCGCCCAAGCUCUUCACGCUCGAUAAGAAGCAGUGGUGGUCGUAGUAGUCGCUCGGGAAUGAGAGCUCUCGUGGACGCCCUGGCUGACGCGAGACCUCGUUCACCAGCGGCCGGAAGCCAAGCCGAUAACGAGGAGCCAAUAGAGCUAGCUCAUUAUCCGGACGCAGUGAAACCACCGCCUGGAAAACCAUCUGCCAUAGAACGCGACGAUUUCCCAGCGCCGCCUUAUCCAUACACCGAUCCAGAACGUCGUCGACGAUGGUCAGAUACAUAUAAGGGAGUACCAGAUUCCGAAGACGAGGAUCAGGUGGACGAAAAGUCGAUCAAGGAAGUCGAUCAGAAGUUGAAAAAAGAGCGCGACGAAUUGAGUAAAAUAGACACUGGCAUAGCCAAAGUAUUUCUGCAGGACCGUGAGAAAGAUCGAGAAAAUCUACGACACCGAGCUGCGAACGUCGACCCGAGAAACGCUUCGAGAACGCCAUCCGCUAAUCGCGAACCUGCUUAUAGACUGCGUUACGAAAGUCCUGUUGGUGCUUCACCGUCACGUAACGUCGACCACGCGAGACCUUGGGAAGACGAAGAUGGAUUUAGUUACAGAUCUAGUGGACCGAGUUAUAACGCUGGAAUGAGAUCUGCAACUCUAUCCCCAGCACCGAGGAUCCAUCAUCCACCACUAGGUUCGCAGCGUUCCUGCACUCUACCAAACUCUAUUAGGCACUAUUACUCGGGGGAUUACUCGUUCAGCGGGAUGGGAGACAAAACGCACAGCACUGAUUUCUCGUCCGGAAAAUCAGAUAUAUCAACAGGCAGCAUCACGGAGGUGGAUCGGCGGGCACUGGUAUGUACAACAGCCCCGUACUACUCCCAGCGGCUUGGCAUGAAUGACGGAGGAAUAAUACCGUCAUCGACGACAUACACAGGGGGGCUGGGUUCGGCGGUGAGUGGCCACGUGCACCAUCACCAUCCAGGACAACACGUGCGUCGCUCGUUACCGGACAUGGGCGCAGCACCGACGGAACCACCAAAAUUAUACCCCUACCAUUUGCUCAUAAUAACUAAUUACAGACUACCUGCAGAUGUUGAUCGCUGCAACCUAGAACGACAUUUAUCAGACGCUGAGUUUGAAGCGGUGCUUCACUGUUCGCGAUCGGAAUUUUAUCGUAUGCCACAGUGGCGUCGCAACGAACUCAAGAGACGAGCAAGACUAUUUUAAGCGUAAUAGACAAAAGAAAAUGGCAGUCACACCAAACGGGGGGAUAUUUUCGGAGUAAAAAAGAAGAAAAAGAAGAUGAAAUGAAAAAUGUAGUCGUCGCUGAUGGAAUCACCAACCCCGUCUUCAGUACUUGCUACUACUACUAUUACUACUAGUACUACAACUAUUACUACUGCUACUAAUGCUGCUGCUGAUCUUUGACACUUUCUAUUUUACUUCACGUUUUAUAAUAUACGUAAAAAUUUCGCCUUGACCCAUCAAUGGACCGAUUUAAUUCAGCGUGAAUUUGUCUGAAUGAAGCGAAACAAUUAUUUAUCGAGGAUGAUAUUACUAUCAUCUAUUCUCACAUCGACUUUUUAACUAUUUCCCGCGUGUCAAUUUUAUAAUGAUUGUUAUCAAAACAUUUAUUGUUUUCUUUAAAAAGUUUUUUUCAUUGGAGAGCGCACGAUUUUUUUUUAGAAAAAUAUAUACUUGAGUGUUAUUUGAAUGAGAGAAUGAACUGAUUAUAUUGCGAAAAAACAAAAAACAAAAAAGUUUGUAUGCGUGUAUGUCAAUGUGUGCAGUAAAGUUGCAUUGUUUGCAAAAAGUAGUUAUUAAGGUAUACUGUACAUACAAAAUAAGAAGGUUAUUCGAUAAUAAUUAAAUGGCAUAAGAGGGUGAAUUUUAAUGGUUGAAAUAAAGCAUGUUGUCGGAAAAGUAUAGUCCAAGGGUAGCCUAACGAAGCGAGCGUCCUUGUGAUGUCAAAGAGAUUUUAUUAAAAAAAAAGUUAAAAAGGACGCAUAAAGCUAGUAUGGUUCAGAGAUUUAUUGUAACAGAAGAUAAGCGUGGUUCCAUAACUUCGAUAUGAAUUCGCUGGUAUUCUAUUACUCAAAUUAAAGAAAAGAAAAUUAAAGCCUGCUACUGUGCUUUAAUGUUUGAAAUAAAUGAGCUAUAUGUAAUAGAGAUUCACGUAAGCAUUUUAUGUGGAAUUAUUAUUUAUAAAAAAAAAGUUGUAAGAUUUCUGGAACAACUACUAUUCUAUAAUUUUAUUUAUAACAAAAAGAUUCUCAAAAAUGUACGUACCAUAUAAAAUGGUAUUCAAUUUUAAGAAGCAUUUGUUACGUUCUCUUGUGCAUUUCGUAUUUUUAUUAAAACGUCAAAAUAAUUAACGCUUGCGUUAUACGCACCAAACAAUGAUCAUACUUAGUACAUAAAACAAAUUUUAAAUUUAAUCACUGAUAAUAAGAAUCUUGAGAAAAAAGAAAUUUUUUCUUUACGCGUUUUUAGUUUUUAAUAUGUAUACUAGAAGAAAAAAAAGACGAAAUUUAACACGGGCAUUCAAGCAAAUAAAUGUGCCUAUACAACUGUGUCCGCGAACUCUAUUAAUUCUACGUUGUUACGUUCUUUCAGCUUGUAACUGCACAAAUGCUCGUGAAAAAGUUUUCUGUUGUAUAAAGCACACCGCUUCCGCUAGUCCAAUAAUAAUAAAAGAAAAAACGCAAAA